AUGAAGCUGGUGGUGAUCUUUCUGUUGGCCACCAUCCCCAUUUGCUGUUAUGCCUCUAGUUCUGGUUGUAAAAAGCUAGACAUCAUUAUUAAGUCAACGAUUGACAAAGAAGUGACUGAGAAUUAUUAUGUGAAACUGCUUAAACCAUACUUACUUGGUGAUCCUCUCAUGGAACUUGCUGUGAGAAGAUUCAAAGGAUGUUUUCAGGAUCAGUCGAAGGAAACUCUAGCAGAUGUUGAAGUAAUGAUAAACGCUAUACUUGACAGUGAAUACUGUGACAAGGAUGAGUAAACCCUCACAAGAACUUUGGCUCACAGGCCUCCAGAAGAAUGGCAACA